AAAUAUACUCAAAAGGACAAAGACGAUUAAGACCAAACUACAAUCCAUCCCUACCGUACACUCCUGCCUCGUGAUCAUCAACUUUAUGAUUAACCAUUUUUAUCGUCUUCUUCAUCUCGGCGAUGACAUCAUCAUCACGAAGUCAUCGAUGCAGACGAAGCCAUCGCCGUUGCUGUCGACACCGCCAAUCAUCCGGCGGCAAUCGUCGAUGGUGCACGACUCGUCGAAUCCUCUCCGAUCAUCGCGAACAUCUUCAUCAGCUCCUCCGCCGAGAUCCUCCCAUCGCCGUCCUCGUCAAACACCGUGAACGCUCCACGGAGCUCGCCGUCGAUCUCCUCGCUGACACUCCGAGCGCGCCGAUCGCCUCCAAGCUGAUCCCACCUUCUCCUCGGUGCUCUGCUUCGGUCAGCAUCACCGCCACUUCCUCCUCACUCGGCGGAUCCGAACCCAGCUUCCUCAGCACACCCUCAAGCUCCCUCCUAGUCACCUUCUCCCGUGGGAGCACCGACUUCGAGGUCAAUUCCUCCGACGAGGAGUUCGAUCCAAACGACGAUGUCUCCGAUCUGGCGAUCGUUCGCGCAGGCUUAGCCUUCUUCCAUGGUUUAGCUGGCGAUCCGAAAAGAGAUCCUAUUUAGGAGCUUUCUGGUCGGUAUUGGAAAUAUAAUGUCCUUGAUUAUAAAGACAAAGUUUUGGAUGGGUUUUAUGAUGCUCUUGGGUUGGCAACUUCUGCAAGUGAAGGAAAG